AUGCCGCCGUUGGGUUUUGUGACCUCUUAUGCUCCCCGACUGCGCCAGUAUGCCAAUUCACUGAUCUCGCCCGUUCUUCCUACUGCGCCAGCUGCUCCACCGGUGAGAACCACCAAGCGCGGGACCGUUGUUGUCAAUUACGCGGAAAACGACUAUGAUGACGAUGACUUUGAGGAUAGCGAAGGUCCCCGGCGGCCUACGGGACUGCGCAGUUUGCGGAGAGAUGAAAUAAACACUUAUCAGGGGGCUGCGGGGGAAAAAUUGGGCAAGGAGAUAUCUGCGCCCGUCAACGUCCAGGCCAAUUACAGAGACUGGGUUGUAAGAAAGUCAAUCAAAGCAGGGAGAGAGAGACAUUUGAAAUCCCAGGCGCAAUUACCCGUGAAUCUCAUACCGAUCCGAAUUGACCUUGAAGUGCCAGCGUACCAGCCUGCUGAACCGUUUCCGUUGCCGCGAAACUACUUGGAAGCCGGCAUCAACCCUACUCUACCCGCGUAUAGAAAACCAGAACCAGCACCCCCAUAUAGAAUAAAGGAUACGUUCCUCUGGAACUUGCAUGAGGCCCUGACGACACCAGAGGAAUUCGCGUCGGUUUUUGUGCGCGAGCUAGACCUGCCAAACCAGCAAUCAACGGCCAUGGCAAUCUGCAAUCAGAUUCGACAGCAGUUGGAGGAGUAUGCCGGUGUUGCUAUGCAUCCCCUUUUCCAGACGACAGCGAGCCAGACGAAACAGAUAGACGCCACACCAAAGAUAAGUGUCACUGGAGAACGGCCGAUCACACCUAUGCAAACCACUCCUGAAACUCCUGCAGCUCCUCCCGAUAACAUGAGCACCGGACAGCAGAAUGGAAAGACUGUCUCUGAUCCAUCUGCAGCCGAUACGCCUUAUGAUCCCGAUGAUGCAUACAGAUGCAUUGUAGCUCUCAACAUAAACCUCCACAAUAAAUUAUACAGUGAUAAAUUUGAAUGGUCGCUCCUACACUCUAGAGGAAUGGCCGAACAGUUCUCAAAAGUGACUUGCGCAGACCUUGGCCUUGGUCCGGAGUGGGCCAGUUCAAUCGCCCAUGGAAUCUAUGAGGCUGUUUUGAAGCUGAAGAAAGAGGCGUGUGAGAGCGGUGGCCUUAUGGGAGGUGCAGGUGGCUUGGGGGCAGAAAUCGAUAAUCAAACAGCAAAUGGCCAAGAAGCUGGUUGGCGAUAUGACCCUGACACGCUGGGAGAUGAAUGGGAAGCUAGAAUUGAGACUCUAUCUAAGGAAGAGAUUGAAAAACGAGAAGGUGAUCGAGAGCGGCAGAUCAGAAGACUUCGACGGGAGACGGCGAGGUUUUCGUCAACAGGGGCAGUUGCUGCUGUGGCACCAGAGCUAUCACGACAAGGAUCGGGUAGCUAUUUCGACGUACCAGACGGCAGCGAGACGCCAAUGGGCCGUGGAGAGAGGAGUAAGAGGAAACGUCGACUGAGAAGUCCCAGCCCAACCGGCCGAAGUGGAACUCCUGGCGGUAGAGGCACGCCAGAUACUAGUGCAACAGCCGGUUAUGGAGGUGGUGGAGGAACCCUGGCUGAAUGGGAGAGACAGACUUGGCGUUGUUCUAACUGCCUGGUUUGGGGCUCUGCGGUGUGGGCAGUACGAGACGGACCAACUGGACCAAGGACUCUCUGCCAUAACUGUGGAUUCCAAUACGAAUGCAACAAGCGACUACCAGCGUGGCAGAAGGGUCUUCACUACGUUGACCAUUCAAUAAUCCGCUGA